CCCUGCCCCGUGCCCUAGGCAGUGACGCUUCUCUCUUUUCUCUUCAGCUAUCCUUUCGGCAGCUACCCCUCGGCCCCGUUCUUUCUCCUCACCGCCCUAGGGCUUCUUCCCGGCUCCUAAACCCCCUUCUCUCCCCCCAUUCGAUCUUCGAAUCAGCCUCCCCGCAUCGAAAUCUCCGGAAGACCCCCUCCUUCCCGGUGUUCCCCAACCCCGAUAUCAUCCUCUAACGCCGUUUCUUGUGGAUUUCUUGGCCCGGAUCUUUUCCAGGGCUUCGGCGCCGCUGAUGCCGUCCAAUAAAUCGUCUGGAGGGUCGUCGGACCACCACCGGCGGCUGCCGUCUAAAGAAGGGAACGACGAUGACCCCCCGUCGAGCGUUCUCUGGGUGGGGAACCUCUUGCCGGACACUAUCGAUCCCGAUGUGAUGACCUUCUUCUCCAAGUUCGGCGCACUGGACUGCAACACGAUGCACGGAGCCAGGAGCUACUCGUUUGUGUUCUUCCGGGGCAUCGAGGAAGCCAAGGCUGCGAAGGAUGCCCUCCAGGGUUCCACGCUUCACGGGAAUACCGUCAAGAUUGAGUUUGCCCGACCGGCAAAAGCAGUUAGGCAUUUAUGGAUUGGAGGAAUCAGUUCAUCUGUCACAAGGGAACAACUUGAGGAGGAACUUUUGAAGUUUGGGAAGAUUGAAGAGUACAAAUUCCUCAGGGAUCGGAACUCUGCGCUUGUUGACUAUUACAAGACAGAAGAUGCCAUUGCUGCUCAGAAAAAUAUGAAUGGAAAGCGUUUAGGUGGUGAACAAUUAUGUGUAGAUUUUCAGAGAUCUCAACCUCCUAGAAAGGAUUGGCCUGAACAUCGAGACUCAAGGAGUGGACACUUAAGCAAUCGGAGUAUGGGGCUGCAGGAACGGUCGCUGCCACCUGAUGGAAGAAGUUUCUAUGAUUCUUCCUAUCAUGGGCCUAAGAGGCAUAUGCCUUUUGGAGGACGAAGAGAUGGCCACCCUAGUAAUGUUCUCUGGAUUGGCUAUCCACCUUCAGUUCAGAUUGAUGAGCAGAAGCUUCACAAUGCCAUGAUUCUGUUUGGUGAGAUUGAAAGAAUCAAGUGCUUUCCCUCGAGGAACUACUCUUUUGUUGAAUUCAGAAGCAUUGAUGAAGCUAGGCGUGCCAAGGAAGGUCUCCAAGGGCGCCUUUUUAAUGACCCCCGAAUACAGAUACUGUUUUCAAACAGUGAGCUUGCGCCUGGUAAGGAUGAUCCACCACCAUUUCCAGGGUUUAGAGGGCCUGGACCAGAGAUGUUCUUUAACGAAGGGCCUAUUGGACCUUUGGAAUUGUAUGGUCCUGGUCGUCCAAUGGCCCCAAAUAGUUUUCCUGGAUCUUUGCUUCCUAACAACAUGCCUGGAUCCAGUAUUUUAAUGAGGUCAUUUGGACCGCAAGGAUUUGAUCCUCGUCAUGGAGGUCCAGAGUUCCAUGAUUUUGGUGGCACUGCCAUGCCUCCUAACUGGGGACGGCGAUCUCCAUCUGCACCGGGUAUUCUUCCUUCUCCACCUGGUUUGCGCCCUCCUUUCCGACCCAUUCCUGGUUUACGGGAUGAAUUUGACAUUAGAGAUGUGAAGAGGUCAAGGACGGAUGGCUCUUCUACUGAUAGUGCUUUCUUCCAUGCAAGGAGGGUGGAUGGUGAGGGUCUUGGAGAUCCCUUUGGGUUUUCUCAUCCCGAUAGAGGUGCUUUCAGUCAAAGCCGUCUAAGUCCAGUUCUUCAUGGCCAUGGUGAACUUCGUCCUUCUCCUGAUAGUGAUCAUUGUUGGCGUGGUAUUAUUGCCAAAGGUGGAACUCCUGUUUGCCAUGCUCGGUGCGUGCCAAUAGGAAAGGGCAUUGACACUCCUUUGCCUGAAGUUGUUAAUUGCUCAGCCAGAACGGGAUUGGAUAUGCUCACGAAGCACUACGCCGAUGCCAUGGGCUUUGACAUUAUCUUCUUCCUGCCUGAUAGUGAAGAAGAUUUUGCUUCGUACACUGAAUUUCUCCGUUACCUGGGGUUAAAAAAUCGUGCUGGGGUUGCAAAGCUUGAUGAUGGGAGUACUCUUUUUUUGGUGCCACCAUCAGAUUUCUUGACCAAGGUAUUGAAUAUUUCUGGUCCUGAUCGUCUAUAUGGUGUUGUUCUGAAGUUGCCACAGCAAUCAACUAACGCUGCAGUACAACCACAUCUAGCAUUUCCUCCUCUGCCAUCCCAUUACAUUGAUCAGCAAGAGGCAUCUGGUUCUCAGAAUGGUUAUCAGUUUGUCCCACAAAAUGAAGAGCAAGCUUCAAAAAUGGAUUAUAAUCGGUCAUUGUAUGAGGAGCAAAUGCAUCGUGCAGGUCUUGGGAAAUCACUGCUGGUCCAUGCUGAUGAGCCACGUGCAACACAACCAGCUUCCCUGGAUUAUGCUGGCAAUUCUGCUGCUGCUUCCCAGGUGGAGGUUUCCUUGACUCCUGAACUUAUAGCGACUUUAACUUCUUUGAUUCCCAGCAACAAUCCAUCAUUGGCUGCUGUGACUGCUCAAAUGCCAGUCUCCACUGGCAGGCCAACUUCAUCUUCUGCUUCUGUGAUACAUGAUCCCUCAAUGCCUUCUCAAGGGUGGAGACAGGAACAAGCGGCAUCUUCUAGUGCUUCCUUAGAGCAACCAAGCCAUCUUCCACAGCAUUUAGGCCAACAAUUUAAUAGUCAGGCACCACUCAACUCUCAUUUUGCAGCAUAUGCUAACAUCCCAAGUGGACAAGAUCAUUCUACACAACCUAUUGUUGGAAGCACACAAAUUCAGAACCCUGCUGUGAACAUGCCAGAAGCUCCAUUUAUUCUGACUAGACCUUCAAAUAAUUAUUCAAUGCCACCCCAAGGUGGCCAAUUUGCAGGCACCCAGAGUAAUCAACCGUAUCAGUUUGAUUCUUCUUUGACUUCUCACAGCAACUUUGGCAUGUUACAGACAACAAAUGCCGCUGGGGUAUUCAACCAACCAGUUCAGCAGCAGUUAAGACCCACUUCAUCUGCUCAUGAUCAAAUUGGAAAUCUGCCCCAGCCCCAAAUUGCCAUUCCGCCUACUCAAGGGCAACAGCCACAAACUGUUCUGUCUGGUUCAGGUCAGGGUACAUCAGAUGGUGAUGCUGAUAAGAACCAAAGGUACCAGUCAACCCUUCAGUUUGCUGCCAGCUUACUCCUACAACUUCAACAACAGCAGCAAGUGAGUGCUCAGGCUGUGCAAGGAUCUGGAAAUCAACAUUGAUAAAUGUUCUUGUGUAGCAGGUUCAAUACCAAAUAGCUAAAUUUUCAAACUAGAAUUUGAACCAAGUGAACCCAUGAAUAACAUAGGGCUUGCUGUAAUAGUCACACCCAGAUGCGGCUUCGUUCUUGGAAGGUUCAUCUCUAGAAGUUUGGACUUCGGUAAUUAUAUUGUUGGAAGGUUAUCUCUCUCAAAAAACGUUCAUGCAACGAUGUGUUUGUUCCAACCUUUUUUAUCCAACUAUUUCGAUGUGGUCAUGUCAUGAAGACACUUGGCAUGAGUGCCAGGAGUAUUGAGUGCUUUUAAGUGUUGGACAUGGCAAUCUCCAAAAAUUUAGGCACAAGGACACUUGGCAUGAGUGUCAAGAGCACUGAGUGUUUGUAAGUGUUGGACACGACAGACCUGAAAACGUAGAUGCAAUAUAUAUUACAUGUAUGCAUGCUUACGCUGUUUCUGUUUUGGUUGAAAGAGUACUUAAAAUGAAAAGAGUUACAGAUUCUAUGUAACAGACAAGUUAAAAGAAUAACCAUGAGUUUAGAUAUAUUGAGAUACUUGAAUGCUAGUUAACCAUGAUACAUUUGUUUAAAAAACAAUGAUAGCUUUCUUAAAUAUUUAUAUAUUACGAUGAUUUUAAUUGAAAAUAUAAUAGUACUUUUGGAAAGAUAAGUCGUAAGGGCCAAGGUUGAUAACUUGCAUUUUUGAAGGAGGCCAUUGAUUUGUUGAAUAUUUUGAUGCUUAAUUUUUGUUGUGUUUCAAUAUUUUCAUUAUAUAACAUAGUUUGGUAGGUUCUCUUUUUGUUCACAAAAUACUUGGUUGAUUUGGUGUAUUUUAUGAACUCUUGGAAUUCUUGAUACUGAAUUCUACCAUGCUUGAAUGAACAUGCAAAUGGAUCUGCAAUGUUCCUGGUUCUAGUUUCAGCUUAGAGUUCACGGGUUCUUCUUAAUGAUAUGUGAUAGGUUGGACAUCCUCCAAACAUUAGAACUCCGGUACAAGGUGUACCUAUCUUGUUUCCAAUGAUGAUCAGAAUAAAACAUUAAAUUUCAUUGAAGGCCCACAGAGAUAUUGCACUUUUAGGAUAUACAUAUUUGUGGCCAUGGUAAUCAUUAAAUUAGGUUGACUAGGGGCGUUUAGCGAAGUAAUAUCAGGUGGUGCAUUACUUAUGCUGGUCGCAGGGCAUGUCAAUGGAGAAUGACGUGACCGGUUAGAUGCCCACAACUUCAACAGCAAUCCAAAGCAUGGUGCUCUGGAGUCUUCUUCACCAAUUUAGCAAAAUUUUUGAUGUCCUGAUCUGAUUACUAUACAGUUACAUUAUAAAUCAAAACAUUCUUCUGAGAUGCUAAAGGUUGAGGGUUUGGGGGGGACUUGAGUUAAAUACUUCGCUUCAUGUUGGUCGCCGCGAUGCGAUUUCCGGCGGCUUUGCAUUCCGCGUGCUCUGCUGCGCUGCCCGUAGCUAGCUUACGUUUUAGGAAGAUUGCUUGCCACCGUACAAGUUUUUUUUUUUUUUUUUUUUGGGACGUGAAGUUUAGUUUCUCGGCUGCACCAUUAAUUCACAUCCGUAGCAUUUGAUUAAGAAUUUUGAAGCUCUUUGGAGUUGACCUCCGAUUUCCAACUGGUGAUGGGACGUAAAGAUUCUCCAUGUUUCACUUCCGUAGCAUUUGAUAAGAAUUUCGAAGUUCCUUCCAGUUGUCCUCCAAUUUCCAACUGGUGAUGGGACAUGAAGUUAAAUGUCUCGACAACUAUCCUUAGUUAAAUAAAUGA